CACAGCCACACUUCAGCCUGCACGUUACAUUCGCCUUACUUGGGCGUGACAGCGUGAAUGACAACAUAUACUUCAAACAUGUACUUUUCUACCUCAUCCAUCGAUUCGACCAAUACUUCGAUGUACAACGAUUUCAGUAUUGGAAUUCCACCGUAAAGACUGCCAUGGAUGAUGCCCUUCCCUCAUACGAAAGCGCGAUCCAGCGCGAUCCAUGGGUCUUCAUAGCUCCAUAUCUCUCUGCGGAAGCCUUGUGCGCUGCAGCGUUGGUCUGUCGGAAAUGGCACGCAAUAUUCACACCGCAGCUCUGGGGCAAUCCAUCGUCGCAUUUCAGACUACAGAACGAUACUGUAUAUAUUGCCCUCACACACUUCAUGCGCACAUUACCUCACGCACGACUAUUCGUGCGUGAGUUCACUCACACUCUCCAUUUCCCGCCAACCCAUGCGGAAACCUACGGCGGCCCGCAUGCCGACUGGCUACGCGAUUGUCAUGAACGUCUGCCAAACCUGCAGUGUCUGAUUGUCAACGGCCUCCCGUUCUUUGACCACGCGUCGCUACUCACUCUAAAACACCCGAGUCUACCAGAUCGGUUUCCCACAUUCCCAACCUUUGCUCUACGGUUACUGGAUGCAUCGGGGUGUGUGAAUGCAACAACGACUGGUCUUGCGGAAGCACUAUGUCAUUUCCCUGAACUGGUUUCUCUGGAUCUUUCACGCACAUUGGGGGCGAGGGGUGAAGCGGUUCUGCGAGUGUUGGGAGGUUUGAGGAAGUUGCGGGUCUUGAAUGUCAGAAGAUUGGGGUUGAGGGAUGGGGAGUUUGAAGUUCUUGCGCGUGCAAUAGGGAAAAGAGUUAGAAGUCUAGACGUGAGUGAGAAUCAGCUCACGGACGCCAGUAUAAGGCUGCUUCUGGACCACUGCGUAGAAGUGGAAGAGAUGGAUGCUGGAUCAGGUUUGUCUCCAGGGCUUACACCGUUCCAUGAACACAAUCAUGCUAGUCGGAGUACGGAGGCGUUCGAAUCCGAAGGUCUGGUCGGUCAUAUUCGUCGCAAGCUCACGGGAGGGUUUCUGGAUAGUCUUGUUGUCGAGGAGGUGAUGGGUAUUGGUGUAACUCAUCUCUACCUUUCUGGUAACACCAUGACCGUCAAGGGCAUUUCGGAGUUGCUGAGAUCAGGACGUUUACAUGUUCUGGACGUUGGUGUGCUUUCUGAUAUACCGGAAAUAUCUCAUCGCCUUGGCCUUUCUGGAGUGACUGAUUUAACACCAAUUUUAUCAGAGUGUGCGUCUGCGCAGUUGAGAUACCUCAGAAUCAACUACAGAGUUGUUACCGAAGACACUCCAUUUGUAGAGUCCAAGAGAAACCCGGAAUUGCAUGUCUCUUCAACAGUACAAGAAUCCGAUUCUUCGAAAGGAGCACUCAAGACACAACCUGCUACUACAAUACCACACCACAAUUCAACACACUACGUGGAAGACCGCAGAGCUCGUCUCGACCUGCGUCAGUCGCAAGAACCCCGUCUACACCCAGGCAUGCUUCCCAAAGUCCAAACUCUCGUGUUAACCGCCAUACCCACAUCGACAACCGACAAGAAGACCAUCGACCGCCUGAUCCAAUACAUCCAAGACGCCGCCGCCGAAGCCUCAACAGCCCGCCAGCAAGCAAAGCACACCUACGCGCUUCCCCCAGGCCGUGAGCGCACAGUCGCCGAACGAGAACACGCACAAAGCAUCUUCGCCCUCCGCCGCAUAGUCCUCGAAAUCGCACCGCCACAAGCAACAGCCAUGAUUCCAAACGGCGCAAGAGGAGGACAUGCUAUGCGAUCAGCCACAGAAGAUGCAGAUUCAGAAGCGUUCUGGGAAGCUUCUGCACGCGACUUUUCUUUCUUCGCGGACGAGCAAGAACCCUCGAUAGAUCUUGUGCAGGCUUCGAAAGUCCCUGCUCAGCCACAGAAAGAGAUCCCUUCUUUCGACGUCGUUGCUGAGAUUGGCAGGUUUAGACGCGAGAGGAAAGCUGCACAUGAUGCGCUUGUAAAGGCAGAAGCGACCAGUGCGGAGAUCGAGGGGUAUUGGCCCGGUUAUAUCACCGUCGUGAGGAAGACGCUAGAUGGCGAUGCAGGGGCGGCUGAUCACCGUGGGAAUCGGUAUGAGGAGGGGUGGUACUACCAGUGAGACGUGUAGCGUUGGUCAUCGCAGCGAAAUAUAUCGUGGACGGGGUACGCUAGUUGUGUGAUUUUGCAAAGUCUGGCGGACCGAGCCGAGUUACUGGUGCGUGAGAAGUGUGGUAGCCAGUCACUUCUUGCGUACACGCAAUCACAAGAUUUGUCCCAUACACCCGGCUUGGUAGGCUAUCUUUUUUGACGACACUUCUUUGGAUCGUGAUAUUUUUUUGGUUUGCAUGUUUGGAACUCCUCAUGAUUAGGUUCCCAACUAGAGAAAUCCUGACCACGGUGGAAUUGUAUUUAACACAAAUACUUUUUUCUCAAAAAUUAAACUCAACGAUUGUC